AUGGAACAAGUUUCGUCUACUGUUAGUGAAAACAAUCAAAAAUCCAACUUUAAUAAUUUAAAUAUUACAACGAUUGAAUUGAUCAAUUUUGAUCUUUUCAAGGAACUCCCAUUGAUUCCAUUGGUUGGUUGGUGGUUCUAUUAA